AUGGAGUUAGGGCGAUCCCGGUGGGCAGAGCCAGGACAGAGGAGGAGGACCACCGGCGAGCCAGGAACUACAAGCUCUAAGAAGGAGGAGGAGGAGGAGCCAGGACCGGCGGAAGGCGGACGCUACCCUGGCACUGGCAAGGGCCAGGAGCAGCUGCAGGGCGUGCUGCGAUGCUCCAGAGAGCGGCGCGCCAGAGGUGCCUGCAGAGCAGGGCCACCCGGCGGGGCCGUUGGGCCAGGACGCGCGAAUAAGGAGGAUGACGGGGCCACGGGAGUGGCCAAGCCGGAAGUGGCAGCCGGCGAGGUCACCCACCCCGCACCCACAGGAGCCGAAGGAGAAGGAGGCAGAGGAGGAGCCAUGGACGCGAGGUCCAUGGGUGUGGCCAGCCCCGAAGGAGAGGCCGGGGCUGGAGAGGCAAGUCUCCUGCCCGGAGAAGAGGCCUCCGAGACCGGUGCUCAAAAGAGCAGAAUCGGCAGGAGAUGGAGGAGCAGUGCCCGAGCACAACUGGCCGCCAGAGCUGAAAAGGAAGGUGGAGGAAGAGGCCCGGAGGAGGAGAGAAAAGUCGGGUGGAGUGUGGUCUGGCAGAUCGGGCCAGAGAGUUUUCGGGUGCGCGGCGGACAAAACGGAAUACGCGUCACCCGAAAACUGUAA